AUGGAUUUCACUCUGGAAAAGGAGGUUCAGAAGAACACUCGCUCCGGCCAGGCAUUCGAAGAGGACGCCGAGAUGACCGGCACGUAUGAAAACGCCCACAUCAGCAAUUUCCGCGUGCCCCUCGUCUUCCGCCACCCUCAGCUCCCGCGCAUCCAAGUCGCCGCAAACGCCACUUCAAUGUCCAUCCUCCCGACCAUUCUCGACCUCCUCAUCUCGACCAACUCCCUGGAUGCCAUCGACACCACCGCAGCCUCAGAUCUCAUUCACGAUUACGAAGCCCAGUCACUGCUACGCCCCUUCAGGCCCUCGCUCAACGGCCGCCAGGCGUGGAAUUUCGGCAUCAUCAACUCCGGCGGCUCACUGCUGGCCAUUACGUCCGCUGCCGUUCCUUAUCGGCUUGUCAUCCCGCUGGGCGGCAGCCACACGUUCCGCUUCACCCACAUGGUCAAGGAUCCGAACGAGCUCCAUCCGCUUGAGAAAUGGACGCUGGGCGACAUUGUCAACGUCGUUAAGCACAUGUACGGCGAGGAAGCGGCCAGCUGGGUGCGCGAAGCCGAUGCUGUGGCCAGAUGGUGGGCGGCGGAAGUGCGUCAUAUGCGAGGGAUUUAUUUGUCUGUGCUUUCCUUCAUCCCACUCUUUUCGAAUAUUGGGUGGGCGUUCUGUGUUUUUCCUGUUAUCAUCAUCAUCAUCAUCAUCAUCAUCAUCAUCAUCAUCAUCAUCAUCAUCAUCAUCAUCAUCAUCAUCGUCAUUGUUUUCCUCGCUUGA